AUGAUUGAGCAGUCCAAUUCGUUGCUUCUCAAUGAGGAAGCGCUAAAUCUUUGCGCCGAUCCAAAGAAGCCUGUUUUUAUUUACGAAUGGUUACGGUAUUUGGAUCGCAUCUUACCCGCCGCACAAAAGAUAUAUUCGGUUGGUGACACGUACAGUCUUUUCGAGACAAUCAACUUCUGCAACGAUAUCCUAAAAGGUCGUGAUGACUCGCCAACACAUCUUCCCGUCAAAUUAGCCGCAUUGCAAUGUUUGGGAGCAAUGUAUGAAACACUGGGUCGACUGGUGGGACGAAGCUAUGAAGAAUCUUUUCAUCUGAUGAUCAAAUGGCUGAAAAAUGCUGAGUCACAAGGGCGCGCUGAGUUGCUGCAUACAUUCGCAAAACUGGUGAAAGGUCUGGGCUUUGGUGCAUCUUCGAUCCACAAGGAUUUGUACAAAAUUGUAAAAGGUCACAUGUCGGACCGUGUGAUGGCCGUACGAAUUGCUGCUCUAAACUGCCUCACUGUACUGGUACCGGAAUAUGUAUUCUUAUACACAAAUGAAGUGGAAAGCAUCAGUACGCUGUGCUUCAAAGCGCUUGAAUCCAGCAACUAUGAAGUACGACUUGCGGUAGCGCGACUUUUCGCGGUUUUGUUCUGUGCUGCUAUGGAUCCGCCAAAAUCACGCCUUCCUGCAACAAAUAGUAAAACGCAGUCGAAAGUUAUGUCAGUGGAAGAAUGCUUUGGAAUUCUAUCGCAUGGCUUCCUGAGGGGUGGUAUUGGUGGCUUCUUGAAAACGGGAACUGUUGCAGUGACCGGAGGGCAAAAGGAGACGCGUAUCGGAGUUGCACUGGCAUACGUUACAUUGAUUCGAGAACUUGGUCCAUUAUGGCUGGAAAAAAACCACGUUUUUGUUACGAAGCAUCUGAUGGAGCUGACGACGAAAGCUGGACCAUUAGCUUAUACGAAUAAUGUAAAUCAAGCGGAUGAGGUGGUCUAUAUGCGACGAUGUGUUGGGUACAUUUUGCGAGGCACAGUUGGUACCAUUCUGGGCGAACAUGCACAGAUUGCCGUCUGUAAACAACUAGGCGCUAUUCUUGCGGAUUGCAUCAAUUCUUUCGGUAAGUUGAGAGCAGCUGAUUCGAAAUCUUAUGGACAAAAGUAA